AUGUCUCUAUUGUCACGGUCGCGGCAAAUAUUCCAGGAGAAGUUAUGUCAAAAUUUGGAUGCCGGCGUACGUUCACAUUUGUUUAAAGUGUACACCUGUAUGGCACUGACCUGUGCCGCUGCAACUGCCGGUUCAAUUGUACACCUGACAGGAUUUUGGGAGGCAGGAUUGCUGUCCAUUUUGCUUCAAUUGAUUGCGAUCGUGACACUGGCUCUAAUUCCAAAUCGGUCCAGUAAUGUUCACUUCCGGUUUGGAUUGCUGUUGAUUGUGGGUGCUCUAUCGGGCCAUCUGCUGGGACUGCUUAUCGAACAGGCGAUGGUCGUGAAUCCGGCUUUCGUGAUCACUGCACUGCUAGGAACCACACUUAGCUUCACCUGGCUAAGCAUAGCCGCCCUGAGUGCUCAGCGCGGAAGCCAUCUCGUACUGGGCGGAAUCUUGUCCAGUGCGAUGACAGGACUAAUCAUUGUUGGACUGGCGAACGUGUUCUUUCGGUCGUGGUUAAUUCACAAGUGGAGUUUGUAUGCCGGACUAGCGGUUAUGUGUGGAUUCGUGCUGUUCGACACCCAACUGAUUGUGGAGGAUAUUCGACAAGGAAGCGAAGAUUACGUUACCCAUGCCCUGAAACUAUUCUUUUGUGUUGUGGACAUUUUUCGCUGGCUGUUGGCAAUUAUGCUUUCGUCGGGCAAUGGUAAUCGGAGAAGAAGGCCAAAUGGAGAACACAAUGAAUAG